AUGUUCAAACUGUUGUCUUUUCUACUGGUCUUGGCGGCUGCUCUCGCUGCUCCAGCUCAUGGACCCGGUGCCCUACAAACACCAAUAACAUACAGCAACGGUAUUGCAUAUAACCCAUUUGGUCCUGCAUUCGGCUACGCUGCUGUACCAGCUCCCAUAACUUACAAUGGACCCAUCAUCGCCUCCUAUCCUGCACCACAUAUAGCUUAUGCUAAUCUAGGGUACUAA